AUGUCCUUUAGAAAAUUCAGUGAAUCGUUUUUCAACAAACAAACGUUCAAAUAUUUGUUUACUACCCAUUUCUGGGGUCCAGUAUCCAACUUCGGUUUACCAAUAGCCGCCAUCAUGGAUUAUCAAAAAGAUGCUGAGUAUAUUUCUGGUCCAAUGACUGGUUCAUUAAUUGCCUUUUCUGCUAUAUUUAUGAGAUAUUCAUUAGCUGUUACUCCUAAGAAUUACUUAUUAUUUGCUUGUCAUUUUGUCAAUGAAUGUGCUCAAUUAGGUCAAGGUGCUAGGUAUAUAAAUUAUCAUUAUUUAGAGAAGAAGUGA